AUGACCGUAGAGUUCAAGUGUAUCGAUAGGGUCGAAAAAAGAUGUGGCUGUGACGACUUACUCUUUGUUGACUCUUUGUCCUUCUCUCACUUUCACUCUGACUCCUACUCUAAUAAUAAUAUGCGACCUGACCCUCAAGUCCACGACGAAAUACUCGGAGUUCCUGUUGGAACACUCUUUGCUGAUCGGGGAGAUGCAUACAAAUCCGGCGUUCAUGGAGUUACUGAAGCCGGCAUCUUUGGCACCAAAGAUUUGGGCGGCGCAUUUUCCAUCGUUAUCAACGGCACGUAUGUCGACGACGUAGACGAGGGUGACAAAAUCAUUUUCACUGGUGAAGGUCGAGGAAAAGCUCCUGUUGUCCCAGGCGAAGAGGUAUCGACCGGCAUCCUCGUCGGGUUCGCUCAUCCAUUUGUUCUCCAGCCGAAGAAAUCCAAGUCCAAUGUUCAAGUAGGCGAUCAAGACCCAAACUCUCGUGGAAACAAAGCUUUACGGGAAAACAUACGAACUCGUAACCCCGUUCGUGUUAUUCGGGGUCCUGAAGGCAAUCCCAAGUACUGCCCAGUUCAAGGAUAUCGGUACGAUGGACUCUACGAGGUUACUCAUUUCGAAAUGAAGGAGGGGAGGGAAGGAUUCAAGAUGUGCAUGUUCACCGUUGAGCGCUGUACCUCUUUUACGCAGCUAGAUCUUCCUCUCCACAUCACUGGGCUAGGUGGACAUGACAUUUUCUGGUCUCCAGACCGCGACUGCGCUGGCGAGACACUCAACAGGCGUAUUCCGGCCAAGGGAACGCGGGGCAUCACGAAGGCUUCUACCAAAACCAAGAUCGGCCCAAUACGCGCAAGCAUCGGAAGGCGAAUCCGUGACCUGAAAAUGUCUAGGCGCUCCUCUCUCUAG